AAUCAACCGUGGAUGUAUCAAUACAUUUAUUUAUCAUUCUCCUUAGUUCUAUUGAAAUAUUUUGUGCUUCUGGAGCUUGUACUUAUUCUCCAGAUUAUCAAUCUUGUUCUUGUAUUGUUGUCAUGUAGGACAUUUCGUUAAUUAUUUAACUUUGACCUCACGGUGGGACUACAUUAAAACUAAAUAAAACUUUUUUGGAUUCAAAUAGGACAUUUUAAACCUUAAGAACCAAAACAAAAUUACGUCCAAACGCAGGACCAAUUUAGUACUUUAUCCUUUUAAAAGAGUAGAAAAAUUUCAACUACCCAAAAAAAAAGAGAGAAGCUAUGCAUGAAGCACCCGUAGCUAAAUAUACAAAAUUAAACGUCCUUAGAAGUUAAAACCUUUGUGUGUACUUUAAGAAUUUGCAUUUCCAAGCAACAUGCGUUUCUAUUUUCUAUAGUGGUCAAUGUAGUGGGAGAACCAAGUAUAAAUUUAUUUUCUCCCCCCUUUUCUUUUCUUUCAUAUUUUCACGCCAUAUAUUAAUCUUAAGCACAUUGUCCUUUCUUCAUUAUGAGGCAUCCGUUGGAAUUAAGCUUGUAUUCACAUGCAUAACUUUCACAUGAACCUUUGCAAUUGCAUGUGCUGUUUAACACUAACGAAACUCAAAACUAGUCCCUUAUUUCUAGCCAUUCAUUUUGCAUUAAUGUAACCAUUGAUUAUUGAUUAUGAUCUUAUCUCAUAAUAACUAUAGUAAUUGUACACCACUAAUAUCUUGUCUUCUAUCAGAAGAAUUUUCAGAUGAUAAUCUCACUCUUUUGUGCUUCUGCCAUACUUAUAUUUUAAAUGCUUUCUGCCAUUCCAUGUGUGUCAGAAUCAUUGGCGUGCCUUUUUAAAUUUACAAAAAAGCUACUCACAAAAAGGGAAGAACAGAAUGUCACGGGACUUAAAAAUGAAAACUGCUAUUUCACUUAUUUUGUCAUUUUGCAACAUAUUUUGAGUGAUUGGUAAUGAGGUGAAGACAAAGUGUCAUUUUAAUGAGUUUUGUUUUGUUUUGUUUUGUUUCAACCUCUCGGUCACCAUCUUAUUAUAAGGUGCAACAAAACCAAUGCAUAUAUCCACAGGUCUCAUUCAGAAAACAGACUUGUAGAUAAGGAACUUGUUCACACUUCAACUGAUAUCAGUAACAAGAGCAUGGAGCUGAGUUUCAAGUCCUUUUCUCUUGAGAAACAAGAUGAGGCUGAGGCUGAGGCAGAAGAAGGCAUGGGAUUUUACAAGUCUCUUCAGGAGUUAAGAGAACUAAGGUCUCAGCUUCACCAUGCUGCAGAUUUCUGUGAAACAACAUUCUUGAAAGGCACAUCAAAGAAAGAUGUUGUGGAGAACACAAAAGAAUACAUAUGCAGGGCAGUGGUCACUGUAGUUGAUCAUCUUGGAAAUGUUUCUGCCAAUCUUGAUGCCCUUAUAUCUCAAACAAAUGCAUUUUCUGAUGCUGAGUUAAGAAUCCAAUGCCUCAAACAGAGACUUCUCUCAUGUGAACAAUAUGCUGAUAAGCUUGCCCUCACCAAGAUGCAAUGGAGGGAGAACUUGCCAAGAUUCCAUUCAAGAUAUUUAUCGACACCAAUCACUCUUGAGAGAUCAAGCAGUGAAAAAUCAAGAAGACCUGAAAGUGAAGUUUCUUCAAAACUGGAAGAUAAACAUGUACUGGAGACACAUGAAGAUUUACCUCUUUUUAUGUACACUCAGAAACCACUUUCAUCAAAGAAUAUGAAGUCAACCACUACUACAGUUAGUGACCAUAAAAAUUUGGCCAUAGCUGCAGUAGUACCUGUUCGCGAUGGUUUAUCAGUAUUAACCAAAGUUUCAAAUCCCACAUUUCAUUUCCAAGGUACCCCGAAGAUUGGACGUCAUAGAAGAUCGUUGCAUGGCAGUGACAUCUUAUGGCUUCUACGGCGUACUAAACGAACCCUUUGAAAACUAGACUGUUAACAAUGUAUAGCUUCAUCUUCUAGUCUUCAUCACUCUUGGUUGUUCAUUUGUUUCUGGAAUUGUUUCCUCAUGUGCAUAUGUUGCAAUUUAAUGUUAUCUGUGGUAAUCAAGAACCAAACACUAAAAGCUACUAUGUAGUUUAGGCUCUUCUCAAACAUUGUCUUACUCUUUUGUGAACUUAGGAACAAGACAUUUUUAUGCUUAA